UUGUGACUGUCUAUCUUGAAGUAUAUCUGGAUGACAAGGCGAUAUAUCAAGCCGCAACCUACGCCCAAAAGUUACACAACUUUCAUCGACACAGACCGUCAAUGGAUGCCCCAGUCGCUUCCUCCUCCCGACACCCCGCACCUCCUACACAGGAAGCUGUCGACGCAUACGCCAAUGUCUCUUUUGAAGCCGCCUCACAAGCACAAAUAUUACGGGCACAUCAGAGAGAUACAGCGCAGGUGUAUCGGCUGACCGAGCUGGUGUCUGAAAUAUUGAGAUCGCUUGCAGGGACACAAUGGUUGACACACAGGCAGACUCUGGUCGACCUCCUCGUCAGAGGCGUCUACCUGACUUUGACUUUUGGUCGAGGCAGCCAGACGCUCGGGGAGGAAUAUACCGAUAUUCUACCAUACUCUACGAGACGGAGAAAUCUGCCGUCUAGAAGAUCGAGAUUCCUGACCAUCCUCUUACUCCUUCUGCCGACUCUGCUCGUCUCCCCAGCCUCUACAAACUAUAUACGGCCGGCUCCUGUCCAGCGUCCAAAUAGUGGUCCUGAGUCAAGAUGGACAAUGACGAGAGAAAAGCUGGCCAAGUUUCUCGAGUCGCCGGUGGGGAGAGCCCUGCCAGAACUGCACAUGAUACUCUUCUUAUUCAGAGGAAGGUUCUUCGAGUUUGCUCGGCGGCUGACAGGUAUAUCAUAUAUAUCGACUCUCCCACCACGACGUCCCGAGCAACGGCAAGCGUCAUACGAACCCCUCGGCCUGCUCAUGCUCUUACCAUUCCUAUACCGUCUUCUGCCGCGCCGGCAAACGGAAGAUCAAAGCGCGAUACUUCCUCAGGCUACUCGCGGAACACUGGCAGGGGAUUCUGAAGAAUCGCCAACCCUUGCAGAGCCCGUGGGAGCUCCCAAGACGGCAGGGCAGACGGUCCUGAUGUCAUCUUCAGCCGAGUACGACAAACGCAACACGUAUCUGACGCAAAACGCAAUCGCGCUGCCCGAAAGACAGUGUACGCUAUGCCUAGAGCCGCGGGGUACAGGGGAAGGCAGUGGAGGUACUGUCGCUGUCACAGAGUGCGGUCAUAUCUUUUGCUGGGGCUGUCUGGGUGGGCUGGAAAAGCUGGAAUGUCCGCUGUGUCGGCAAUCGCUGAGAAUGGAGAGACUCAUAGCCGCAUAUAACUUAUAGGGGGCUCCGGUCGAUUUUGAGAGUCCUGGGUUUGACUUGUGUGAUGCAAGUUGAAUGAUAUUCGACGACAAGCGUGGCGGCAGACGCAGCGUCGGCCAAAGCCGAGUUCACAUUCUAGCGUCCAUGAUCCCGCUAUCAUCUGGAAAUUCAAGGGCAUCGCAACAGCUCGAGGGACAUGUCACAAUGGGCGCGACAUUUUCAAGGCCAACGCACGCGACUGACCUUUUUCCGACCCUGAGCGGGCCAUUAUUUUGUUUGUUUGUCUCAGCUCUGCAGUGAAUGGAUGACGCCUGACGGUGAAUGGCCCAUGUAUGCAUCCA